AAAUCCAAUUUCCUCUACCACACACAGACUACUCUUCGUUCCCCAAAUCUUCGAGCUUUGAUUCCAUUCCAUGUAGAUAGAGAGAAUGUUUGAAUGGAAUGGUCAUCCUCAACUUUACAAAAAUUCAUCUUCACACACACAAAAAUUAAUUCCAAAAAAAUAAAAAAUCACAAGCAAUCUCUCUCUGCGAAACCAUGGAUGGAGGAGGUGUGUCUGCCGCCGCCAUCGAAGUUCUUGUUCAAAACGUCAUCAACGUUUUCAAAGAAGAGCGGUCUCUACUUCGAGGUCUCGAUGGAGAUACCCAACAGCUGCAGAGGACUCUGGCCAUGAUUCAAGCUUACUUGAAUGACGCUGAGAAGAAAUCAAUCACCCAAGAUGCAGUCAAGAUCUGGUUGAGGGAGCUUGAAGCUGUGGCUUUCGAUGCUGAUAAUGUUGUGGAUGAACUCAGCUAUCAUCUUCUCCACAAAAGAGUCAACAAAAUGAAGACACCCAAGGAUAAGGUACUAUCAUGCUUCUCAUCCUUGAAUCACAUCUCACGCCCACGAAAUAUGGCUCUUAGAAUCAAACAAAUCAAUACGAGUUUUGAGAAUAUGAACAAAAGGGCAACCGAGCUCGGCCUUCAGAGCAUAGUGGUGAAUGCACCUGCUGCUGCUCUGAAUGCUUCCUUUGAGACUGAUUCAUUCUCUAUUGAUCCAAUCUUUAUUGGAAGAGAUGAUGAUGUGCCUAAACUAGUUGAGAUGCUGAUCCAGAUCAGCCCAGAGGAACGGAGAUUCUCCACCCUUGCAAUUGUCGGAAUGGGAGGUAUGGGGAAGACUACGUUGACCAGGAAAAUCUUCAAUCAUCAAAGGGUGAAGACUCGAUUCGGAUCACGGCUUUGGGUUCAUGUUUCUCAAAAUUUUGAUCCAGUGCUUCUUUUCAAGAAAAUACUUUUCAAGAUGGCUAAAAACACUAGUGAUGGAGUUGAGAGCAGAGAUGAUGAUAUCCUGGAAACUAGAAAGACUACUGAUGGAGUUGAGACCAGAGAAGAUAUUCUUGAAAAGCUUCAAGAAGCUUUGAAAGCUAAAACUUAUCUUCUUGUUCUUGAUGAUAUAUGGAAUCAAGAUGUUCCGACAUGGGAAGGCUUUAUAAAUUCUUUGUUGGGAGUAACUUCUACUAAAGGAAAUGGCAUCAUCAUCACUACCAGGAAUGAGAAGGUUGCUUCAAUUGUGAACCCACUUGACAUUCAUAUGUUAAAAGGCUUAUCAGAUGAAGAUUGCUGGUCCAUAAUCAAAGUUAAAACUUUUGAUGAAAAUAGAGAAGUUCCAUCAGGCUUGGAAAUGAUUGGAAGAAAGAUUGCAAAAAGAUGUAAAGGUUUGCCCUUAGCUGCCAAUGUGGUCGGGGGAGUGCUUCGCUGUAAAUCUCAAGAAGAGUGGGUCGAAGUCAAACAGAGAUGGCUUACAGAUGUUGACGGAGAUAACAUCUCAAAAAUUUUGAGAUUGAGCUUUGAUAAUCUGUCUUCACCGUCACUCAAGAAGUGCUUCACAUACUGUUCAAUUUUCCCAAAAGGUGGCAAAAUUGUGAAGCAGGAGCUGAUUGAACAAUGGAUGGCAGAAGGUUUUCUUCAGCCAAAUCGAAGAGAUGAUAUGGAGUCCGUGGGCGACAUGUUCUUUAAUAUGCUUUUACAAAACUCUUUGUUGCAAGUUGCAGGGAGAGAUGAUAUUGGAAAUGUGGAGAGUUGUGUGAUGCACGAUCUUGUGCAUGAUCUGGCAUCUUCUGUUUUGGGUUAUUCUAAUAACAAAGAUGGAUCAGAACCUACCCCAAAGCAUUUGCGUACAUUGUUCUCGGAAGGUGAAGAAAUUUCGGGUAACAUUUUGUCCAACUUGGAAAGUCUGCAUGUUCUUACUCUUAAGAGUGAUGGGGUUAAAGAGUUGCCCAAUUCAGUAAGGAAGUUGAUACAUUUGAGAAAUCUUGAUAUUUCAAAUACAGAAAUUGAGAAUUUGCCAGACUGGAUUAGUGAAUUCCAUCAUUUGCAAACAUUAAGAGCCGAGAGAGCCGAGAGAAGGUUGAGGUGGAAUAGAUCGAUUCUUCUGCCAAGUACGUUAAAGUACUUGAUUAACUUAAGGCAUCUCUAUAUCAACGACAGUAUAGAUUUGCCAGCGGAGAUUGGGAGAUUAACUUGUCUCCAAACACUAAGGCACUUUAGAGUUGGUGACAAGAAGGGCCAUCGAAUUGAAGAGCUUGGAAGUUUGAAGAAUCUCAAAGGAAAACUAGUGAUUAGUAGUUUGGAAAAGGUGCAUGGCAAAGAAGAAGCAGAGAAAGCAAAGAUAUUUGAGAAAGAAGGUGAAAGAAAUGAUGAGGAGAGUGUGUUGGAAGGCCUCCAGCCUCAUGCAAAUGCCAAUCUGAAGAAGUUAGAGAUUUAUGGAUUCAAAGGCAAAAGAUUUCCAGAGUGGAUUGAGAAGAUGGCAGUACGGGAUGGACCUCAAGCCUCUUGGGUAGCACUUGAAAACUUGAUUCAGAUAACACUCGAGAGGUGCUCAGAAUGUGAGGAAAUCCCACAGCUGGAGCACUUGCCAAAUCUCAAAUCUCUUUCUUUGAUAGGAUUGGAGAAGGUGAGGUUCAUAAAUUCUUCAUUUUCUAAAUUAAUGUCCCUCAAUAUAGAUUGCUUAGAGGGAUUGGAAUGUCUGCCAGAUUGGUUGUUUUAUAAGAAUCAGAAUCUCUCAAAGUUGGAGAUAAGGCAAUGCCCCAAGUUGAGAGAAUUACCAGAUGGACUGGACACCCUCAAUUCUCUGGAGAAGUUGGUUAUACAUGAUUGUCCAAAUCUGAAGUCAAUAGGGAAUCCAAGUGGCAGAGAAGGACAAUCACAAGGAAUCCUACGCGAACUCGUGAUUGAAAGGUGCGAAGGGUUGAUGGUUUUGCCACGUCAAAUGCUAGAGUCAUGGGCGCCAACAAUCGAGUGUCUCGAAUUGAAGGGAUUAAGCAGCCUAAAGAAUCUGCCGAUGGUAAUUGGCUGCCUCGCUAAGGCAGCUCAUCUCACAAAUUUGAAAAUUGUUGGUGUUCCGAUUGCUAGUGUCAAGAGUUGGGCUUUAGGCCGCUCAAGAGAAUUAGUGAUAGAUGUGAGUGAGGAGUUGUCAAUGGAGAGUAGUGUUGGCAUGAAAGAGCCUGUGGAUGCCUUAUUGCAAGGAUGCUGCAACUCACUUACUAAUUUCACCUUAAGAGGGGUGCAAAAUUGGGAGUGGUUACCAGAAUCAAUUCAACAUCUCACAGCUCUUAAUGUGUUAAACUUGCAUAAUUUAGGGGUAGAAGAAUUGCCAGAAUGGUUGGGGAACCUUCCAUCCCUACGGAGCUUAACUCUAAAUAGUUGCAACAAGUUGAGGCAUCUGCCCUCUUGCUGGGAUGCAUUGGAGGUUUUAUAUAUCGAAGAUUGUGGAGAAUUACACAUUGAUCCUGCAGAGUGGCACAACAACUCUCCCAAUCUCACCAUCUGGGUUGACGGCCGCCAGAUUAAACCUUGCAGCAAAAUGGUCAUCCACAACUUUACAAUCAUUCAUCUUCACACACACACACACACACACAAAGUUCACAAAGCAUUCUCUCUCUGCAAAAUCAUGGAUGGAGGAGGUGUGUCUUCUGCAGCCAUUGAAGUUCUGCUUCAAAACCUGAUCAACUUUAUCAAGGAAGAGUAUUCUCUUCUUCGAGGUCUCGAAGGAGAUGCCCAACAGCUGCAGAGGACUCUGGGCAUGAUUCAAGCCUACUUGAAUGACGCUGAGAAGAAAUCCAUCACCCAAGAUGCAGUCAAGAUCUGGUUGAGGGAGCUUGAAGCUGUGGCUUUCGAUGCUGAUAAUGUCUUGGAUGAACUCAACUAUCAUCAUCUCCACAAAAAAGUGAAGAAAUUGAAGACACCCAAUCCCAAGGCGAAGGAUAAGGUACUAUCAUGCUUCUCAUCCUUAAAUCAUAUCUCACUUCGGCGUAACAUGGCUCUUAGAAUCAAACAAAUCAAUGCCACUUUCGAGUCUAUGAACAAGAGGGCAUCAGAUCUUGACCUUCAAAGCAUAGUUGUGAAUGCACCUGCUGCUGCUUCUCUGAAUGCUUCCUUUGAGACUGAUUCAUUGUCUCUUGAUCCAAUCUUUAUUGGAAGAGAUGAUGAUGUGCCUAAACUAGUUGAGAUGCUCACCCACACCCACUCAGAGGAACGGAUCUUCUCCAUCAUUGCUCUUGUUGGAAUGGGAGGUAUGGGGAAAACUACGUUGACUAGAAAAGUCUUCAAUCAUGAAAAGAUGAAGACUCGAUUUGGAUCACAUAUUUGGGUUCAUGUUUCUCAAACUUUUGAUCCGAUCAUUAUUUUGAACAAAAUCUUUUCAACAUUGACUUCAAAUACUGAUGUGAGAGUUGAAAGUAGGGAAGUUCUUCAGCAAAAGCUUCAAGAAGCUUUGAAGGCUAAAACUUAUCUUCUUAUUCUUGAUGAUGUAUGGAAUGAAGAUGUUCCGAAAUGGGAAAACUUUAUAAAUUCCAUAUCGGGAGUAACUUCUACUAAAGGAAAUGGCAUCAUCAUCACUACCAGGAAUGAGAAGGUUGCUUCAAUUGCGAACCCACUUGACAUUCAUAUGUUAAAAGGCUUAUCAGAUGAAGAUUGCUGGUCCAUAAUCAAAGCUAAAACUUUUGUUGAAAAUGGAGAUCAAGUACCAUCAGGAUUGGAGAUGAUUGGAAAAAAGAUUGCUGAAAGAUGUAAAGGUCUGCCCUUAGCUGCCAAUGUUGUCGGCGGAGUGCUUCGCCGUAAAUCUCAAAAAGAGUGGCUCGAUGUCGAACAGAGAUGGCUAACGGAUGUUGAUGGAGAUAACAUCUCGAAAAUUUUGAGAUUGAGCUUUGAUAAUUUGUCUUCACCGUCACUCAAGAAGUGCUUCACAUACUGUUCAAUUUUCCCAAAAGGUGGCAAAAUUGUGAAGCAGGAGCUGAUUGAACAAUGGAUGGCAGAAGGUUUUCUUCAGCCAAAUGGAAGAGAUGAUAUGGAGUGUGUGGGCGACAUGUUCUUUAAUAUGCUUCUACAAAACUCUUUGUUGCAAGUUGCGAAGAGAGAUGAUAUUGGAAAUGUGGAGAGUUGUGUGAUGCACGAUCUUGUGCAUGAUCUGGCAUCUUCUGUUUUGGGUGGUUCUAAUAAUGCAGAUGGCUGCAACCAAAUCAGAUACAUCACUCUUCAAGGGUCAAAGCCUGUGCCAAAACAAGUGGCAAAACAUUUGCGUACAUUGUUCUUGGAAGGUGAAGAAAUUCCGGGUAACAUGUUCUCCAACUUGGAAAGUUUGCAUGUUCUUACUCUUCAGAGUCGUGGAGUUAAAGAGUUGCCCAAUUCAGUUAGGAAGUUGAUACAUUUGAGAAAUCUUGAUAUUUCAAAUACACGAAUUGAGAAUUUGCCAGACUGGAUUAGUGAAUUCCAUCACUUGCAAACGUUAAGAGUUGAGAAUUGGUUGAAUACAGUGUUUCUGCCAAGUACGUUAAAGUACUUGAUUAAUUUAAGGCAUCUCUAUAUCCACGAUGAUGUGAAGUUGCCUGCGGAGAUUGGGAGAUUAACUUGUCUCCAAACACUAAGGCACUUUAGAGUGGGUGACAACAAGGGGUAUCGAAUUGAAGAGCUGGGAAGUUUGAAGAAUCUCAAAGGACAACUAGUGAUUAGUGGUUUGGAAAAGGUGCAGGGCAAAGAAGAGGCAGAGAAAGCAAAGAUAUUUGAGAAGUCAAACUUAUUUGAUUUGGGGUUUGUAUGGGAUGAGGAGAGAGAAGGUGAAAGAAAUGAUGACCAGAAUGUGUUGGAAGGCCUCCAACCUCAUGCAAAUGCCAAUCUGAAGAAGUUAGAGAUUAAAGGAUUCAAAGGCAAAAGAUUUCCAGAAUGGAUUGAGAAGAUGGCAGUACGGGAUGGGCCUCAAGCCUCUUGGCUACCACUUGAAAACUUGAUUCAGAUAACACUCAAGAGGUGCUCAGAAUGUGAGGAAAUCCCACAGCUGGAGCACUUGCCAAAUCUCAAAUCUCUUUCUUUGAAAGCAUUGAAGAAGUUGAGGUUCAUAAAUUCUUCAUUUUCUAAAUUAAUGUCCCUCAAAAUAGAAGAGUUGGAGGGAUUGGAAUGUCUGCCAGAUUGGUUAUUCUAUAAGAAUCAGAAUCUAUCAGAGUUGGAGAUAAGUGGAUGCCCCAGGUUGAGAGAAUUACCAGAUGGACUGGACACCCUCAAUUCUCUGGUGGAGUUGAGUAUAUGUGAUUGUGGAAAUGUGAAGUCAAUAGGGAAUCCAAGUGGCAGAGAAGGACAAUCACAAGGAAUCCUACGCGAACUCAGGAUUCAAAGUUGCGAAGGGUUGAUGGUUUUGCCACGUCAAAUGCUAGAGUCAUGGGCGCCAACAAUCGAGAAUCUCGUAUUGUGGAAAUUAAGCAGCCUACAGAAUAUGCCGAUGGUAAUUGACUGCCUCGCUAAAGCAGCUCGUCUCACAGCUUUGACAAUUGGUGGUGUUCCUAAAUUCUUCAUGUGUACUGAUAGUGUCAAGAGUUGGGGUUUAGGCUGCUUAUGGAGCUUAGUGAUAGAUGUGAGUUGGGAGUGGUCAAUGGAGAGUAGUGUUGGCAUUAAACAGACUGUGGAUGCCUUAUUGCAAGGAUGCUGCAACUCACUUACUUACUUGGUCUUAAGAGGGGUGGAAAAUUGGGAGUGGUUACCAGAAUCAAUUCAACAUCUCACAGCUCUUUAUAGGUUAGAGUUAGAGAAUUUAGGGGUAGAAGAAUUGCCUGAAUGGUUGGGGAACCUUCCAUCUCUAGAGCGCUUAUAUCUAAUUAGUUGCAACAAGUUGAGGCGUCUGCCAUCUUGCUGGGGGGAUGCAUUGAAGUAUUUAAGUAUUAGAGAUUGUGGGGAAUUAGGCAUUGAUCCUAUUCCUGCAGAGUGGCACAACAACUUUCCCAAUCUCACCGUCUGGGUUGACGGCCGCAACCUGAUUGAUUAAACCUAGAAGCAAGUAAGUUUCAUUUCUCUUUCGUUGUUUUAGGUUAUUUUUUUCUUAAAAGUUCAAUUUUGCUAGAAUCCGUGGAAUUUAAAAUUAAUUAUGUAAAAAUGAAAUUUAGAAAAUAAAUAUGAAUUUCAUAUUAA